AUGCCCAACGCUCCAGGUGCCGUCACGAAUCCCUUCGAAGAACCUGAGCGCCGGAUCAGCGAAUAUACCGCUCAAGAAAUCGCCACACUGCAAGCUCGCCUCGACAAAAAGUUGGGACCCGAGUACAUCUCUUCUCGACCCGGUGCCGCAGGGCAGAAAGUACACUAUCUCUCCGCGGACAAAUGCAUCAACCUUGCAAACGAAGUAUUUGGGUUUAAUGGCUGGUCCAGCUCAAUCCAGAAGAUUGACAUCGACUUUAUCGAGGAAAAUCAAAACACGGGCAAAAUAAGCUUAGGGUUGUCCGUUAUCGUGAGAGUUACAUUGCGAGACGGGACAUUCCAUGAGGACAUUGGCUACGGUCAUAUUGAAAACUGCAAGGGAAAAGCCGCGGCGUUUGAGAAAUCUAAGAAAGAAGGGACAACGGAUGCCUUGAAACGUACCCUGCGCAAUUUUGGAAAUGUACUGGGCAACUGCGUCUACGACAAAGACUACCUGACCAAAGUUACAAAGGUCAAAGCAGGGCCUGGAAAAUGGGACGUCGACGAGCUUCACCGACACCCUGACUUUGCUCCGAGAAAGCUCCCUCCACCCAAACGAAUGGCAGAAGAUGAUGAUCUACCUCCACCGCGUCCACUUGAACAAGCUAAGAGCAGUGUUCCUGAGAUCAAAGCCGCCUUCGACGGCGACGGGGAGUUCGGAAGCGAUCUUUUCGAUGAAGCCGAUUUUGUGGUAGGGAAUUCAGGAAACCCGGACGAGAUAUCAUUAGAGCCAGAAACGUCACGGCAACCACCUACCCCAAUGAAUCGACCUAUUCCACCGAGGGGGCCUCCUGGAGGCCGAUUCGACACUAAUGCAGUGACGCCUUCGAAGCCAGAACGCUGGAAUGGGCCGAAUGCUGCCUCCAGACAAUCGUUACCUCAAAAUGCACUCCCUUCAGCUAUCCCUGGUCCGUCACGACCGAUGGCUGCGCCUGGGCUGCCCAAUAAUAACCCCAAUAUUACAUCGGCUGUGGCUCCCCAAUCAAAUACCGUCCCAAACUCCAACGCUCACAAUCCAAAAGGUCCGCAACAAAUUAAGAGAGAACCUCUUCAAGCUCCUAACCAAGACGCAAACCAACCUCCAGGCUCCCAAUCAGUCGGGUUCUUCUCCGCUCGAGCAGCCGACAUGCUCCGUGAUAACCCCAAUGCCGGCCCAAUACAGGGUAGUCAAUUUGAUCCACACGCAGAGAGCCCGUCUAUCCGGAAGACCGCCGGUGUCGAUCACACCAAGAGCGUCCCAAUUUCCAGGCCAAUGCUCGCCGGCGGCUCAGGCUCACCUGCGCCGAACAACUCACGCGAUUUCCAACCGACCUGCAACGACGAGUCGGUGCCCCCCGGUGCCGCUGCCAGCCCUCUUUCGCGAGGUCCAUCCGUCUCGUCUUACCGCCCCUUGACUCGUCCCAAUGUGCAGAGUCCCGGGCCGCCGAAUCGAGGAGGCAGUGUCCCUCCGCCAAAUCUGAACGGGAAGCGUCCUCCAUUGAACGAUGUCACAAAUGCUACAACUUCAACUGGCGUGAACCCGGCUCCUCCUCCUGGUCCUAAUGAACCCAAGCGACCUCGCAUGUCCGACGGUUCACCCGGGUUGGGACCGCCACAGGCAAAGUAA